UGAUUUCAUGUGAAAAGUACCUUUACCUUGUAUCACAUCCAUGACCUGCAGUUUUGAACCAUUCUUGGAUAAUCAAGCAGAGUUCAUCUCUGCAUUAUUAUGUGUAACAUUCUAAGUCAGGUACAGCAUUCAAUUUACUUUAUUUUUUUCAAAAUUUUAAAAGUCUAAUACAGAAACCCGCAAACAAGUGGUAGAAUAGAACCAUAUUUGAAGUUUACCCUUUAAAUGGCACUGAACUAAGACAGGAGGUAAAAGAUAAGAAAGAUAUCUUAUUAAUAGCCAGGGUUAAAAACAAGGUUCUCUGGGAUUCCAGGCUUUCUAAGGUGACAAAGUAACUGUAUCUAGCUUUAGUGGUUCAUGAGAUUAGGUUCGCCUGGCAUAUGUUGGUGUAAAUGUUUUGUGUGAGAGAUUGGGAUGGUCAGAAGCCAAGGGUGGUUGUGCAAGUUUUCCAAAAUGAAUAAAUUCACAAUCGUCAUACAGAUACAUACCAUUAGUUUUCUUUCUGUUGUGUGGAUUAAUGAAAAAGCAAUGACUAAACGGGUAAAUAUAUAAACAUGGAUUUUAUGUAGCAUGAUACGUUCAGAAAGGAGGUUUGAUUAUAGCCACCUUUGUGUGGUUGUAUUUAAGUCUUACGCUUUCAAGAACAAUUGAAUUAUGAUCUUUAGCCAUUAUACUAACCUGGUUCAAAAAUAUACUGUGAUUUAUACCUGUUUACUAACACUUUCCUUUGUAACAAGCCUAGAAAAUAGGGGGGUACUUGAUGGCAGCAUCUGACAGCUGAAGAAGAGGGGUCAGGACCUUGAGGAAGUCUUCUCCAGACAGAAAGGGGAGGCAAUGGUGGUCUUCACCUGCAAAAGAGAGAGCCAUGAAUGCUUAUCGUGCUCCUGCUCCAGUGAUAUAUGAAACACAGAGACCAGUUAAGCGGAAGCUUACAAAGGACAUAACCUGUCUGAAAGAUUUUAUGAAAGAUCCCAAAAGAGAGGAACCUCUAGUUGGUUUAGAACAUGUGGUUGAAAUCAGAUUUGAAGGGAGGAGAGAGCCACAUUAUGAAUGCAAACUGUGUGAAUUUAACACGGAGAUGGCACCUAUGAUAGAACAUCUCAGUGGCUAUAAACACAGAAGAGCAUAUAUUUCUAAAGAAUUUCCAGAUAAAAUGAAGAAAAACACACCAGGCGUGAAAGAGGACAAAGUCUCAUUCCUCAGACGGAUAGCAAGAGAGAUAGAAAAGGCUGAAGGUUUAAAAAUGUAUAAGACUGAAGGUUAUACAAGACCCAGUAUAUCUUCCUCAUCAUCAAAGAAAAAAUCAAGGUGGGAAGAUGAUUACAAGCCUGAGAAUGAUCCAGUUCGAAAGCAGAAAGCCCUAGAAUACUUGGAAACUUUUCAGGUCACCUCAGACACAGAAGCAACUCUGGUAGUUAGUAUUACUCAAGAUCUGACAGAAGCUUUGAAGACCUUUUGUAAAAAGAAAGCAGCUGUCAAUUAUGCCAGCAGCCUGAGGCCACUGAUGUCAAUAUCUCAAGAUGAGCUUUCAGCAGGAAAAAACAUCCAAAAACCAUACAAGUCUUUUGAAAAUUACAAAGGCAAUUCAGGAAAUACUAACUGGAAUCAAGAUUUUUCAUCUCAAAGACCUGAACAGGCACAAUUUACAUCACAAUUGGAUGCAAACACUUCAUUCACCACUGCCAGUUCAUACAGUUACCAAACAGGUGAUGGAUCAUCCUCAUAUGGACUAAGACCUAAUGAUUCUGCAACAAUGGCUGCACUCAGUAAUUCAUUUGCCCUUCAGACGGGAGGCUUUGCUACUGGAAUCAAUGAAUGGCUGAAGCAAUUCAAUCAAUCUGCUUCUGUAUCCUCCCAGUCCACUUCAGUUGGAGGCACCUCUCCCUUCUUCACAUAUUCAGGGAGUGGGUAUUCAACAGAAUACAAGUCUAAUAGUGCCCAAGGAAACAAAACUACAGCACCUGAUAACAGAAUGGCUUAUGGUGUUGGAGGUACAAAUUGGAAGAGUCAAAAAGCAUUUACAAAUACAAGGAAUUUACCUGACCAGAGAUCAUCCUAUUCUGCUUCCUCUGCUACAUAUCCUUCAUCUGGAGGAUAUUCGACAAACUAUCCUUUACAAGGCUGUUCAUCUUACUACAGGGGUGGGUCUUCAAAUUCCACUUCAUCAAGAGGUGGUUCUAGUUGGUCAGAAGAAUCGAGAUAUCAGAAAUCAAAUUUCAAGACUGAUUCGGCCUCAUUUCGUUCCUCCUCUUCUGUCCACAAUUCAUACAGAGAUUACCAACAACAAAACAGAGAGUCAGAUAAGAUGUUUGAUGAAGAUGCCAGUGGUCUUACUCCCAACAUUCUGCAUAGACUUCAAGGAAAGGAUGUACCUACAAUGACCAGAAUGCUCAAGCAGCUGACUCCAUAUUAUCCAGCACUUCAGAAAAUCAAUAUUGAAACAUUAGUCAAAGCAUUAAUUGAAACUAGAGAAAUAAAUUAAGAAGAUAAAACAGCUGAAUUGGAACUGAUGAACAGAACACUGAAGAAUCUUCACUUCAAGUUUUUAGGAAACAAACUCAACGAUUUAGUUUUGGAUGUGGUUUCUUUUUUGUUUUUGUUUUUUGUGGAAGGAGAUAGGGUUUAUGUUUUUAGUACAGUAAAAAUGUAGUUGGAGCACAAAUUAUUGUCAUGGAGAUGAAUAUACUGUUCACGUAUUUUUAUGCAUUUGUUAAAUAUUUUUAGUAGAUUGCACUGGAAACUCUUGGUUUUUGAGAGGCUGGUUAAUAUUAAUCACCCUUUUCCAAAAAAGUUUUUGUAUGUUAUAAUCCAUUUAGGAAGAAUAUUCACUGAAAAUAGAGGUCCAUUGCAUGAAAAAUACAGAAAUGCAUUACUUCACAUAUAAACGAAUGGCCAGUUCUUCUAAUUUUAGACUUUAUAACAAGUUAGGAUACUUUUAAAAAGUGACUAUACUGAAUUUUUUUUGGAACACAUUAAAAUGAUGGGCCCUAAACAAAAUGUUUCUCCUCCUGUGGACUCAAAAUGUGCUCUUAAAUAAGAAAAUGCAAACACUUGUUAGUGGAAAAACUUAACCAAUUUUAUUUUUAAAUUGUAAAAAUGCACACAAAUAUGGAAAUACAACCAGAAUUCUAUUGUAUAGAAUAGCAUUCUGCAUUUUCAAUGUUUAUUUGUAAAAAAUAAUAAUAAUAAUAAUAAUUGGGGCAUUUUGCAGUGUUGAUUUUCCAAACAUUAAAACCAGGAUGAAAUUGGGUUAAAAUUUAAAAAAUA